AUGAUGAGUGAAAAAGGGGAAGAAAUACUAAAUGGAAUACAAUCUAUUGAUAAUAAAACUCGUUUAAAAUAUAUGAAAGAGUUAAAAGAAUUAUGCAAAAUAAUAAAAGUGGAAAAAACAAAAGAAGAACUAAUUGAAUUUUUAUAUAAUAUGAUAGAAGAUGAUUAUGAUGUUUUAUUUGAAUUAUCAAAAAAUUUAAUAUAUUUAACAAACUUUUUAAGUGACACUAAUAGUUGUUAUUUUUUAUGUGAUUUAAUAUUAAAUUUUGUAAUAGCUUAUGAAAAAGAGAUAAAUAUAAAUGGGUACAAUGCUUUUAAAAAUUAUAUUAAUAGAUGUGAUGCAAAUACAUUAACAAAUAUUAUAUACCCUAAAAUAAUAAAUUUAUCUAAAGAUGAAAGUGAUAACUAUCGUAUUGGAGGAAGUAAAAUUCUCCAUAUUAUAAUAGAUAGGUGUGUAUAUGAAAAUCAAGUUACAUAUAUAAAAACAUUUAUCAAUUUGUUUUUAGAUUUAUGUCAAGAUCAAAGUAUAUUAGUAAAAAAAUCCUGUUGUGAUCAAUUUUGCAAAUUUUUGGAAAUAUUAAAAAGGUAUAGAGAUUCUUUAUAUAACUCUAAAUGCAUGCUUAACGGAGACAGAAUAAUAGAAGAUGAUACAUCGUUUAAUAAAAAUAAUGCAUAUGGUGGUAAAAAUUUGAAAAAAAAUCCCACCGUACAAAAUGGUGUAAAAUUAAAAAAUGGUAUCAAUGAUGAUGGGUUCGAAAAACGAGAAUCCGAGGAUGGUAAAAAAAAAGGCAAAAUUUGUAUAUUCACAUCGGGAGAUAAAAAAAAUAAUCAUAUAAAUGGAUCCACAACGGAUACACAAAAUAGUGUCGAAGAUAAAGCAUCACAAAGUGAGAUUAAUGAAAUAAAAAUAAGCAAAUUCGAUGAAAAUAUGUAUAUAUUUAUAGAAAAAACAUGGGAAAGAGCUCAGGAAAUAUAUUGUAGUUUUUUUUAUUCAAUGCAUGGUAUGGAUGAAGUAAAAAUUAGUGCUAUAUCUAUAUUGAGCGAAACGUUAAGUAUAGAUAAUAAAUUUGUAAAAGAUGUCGAAAGCAUUUUAACUAAUAUAUGCAAUGAUGAAAGCUGGAGAGUAAGAGCAGUAUUAGCAAAUAAUAUACACGAGAUAUUAGCAGCUCAGAAAGAUGAUAAAUUAUCCAUGCUUGUUUUGUUAUUAUUAUUAAAAGACUUAGAUGGUAAUGUUCGUAGUAUAGUGCUAAAUAAUUUAGAUAAAAUAUUUUUAUAUACAAAAAUAAACGUAAAUAUACUUGAUGAAAUAUAUGAAGAUUUAAAAAGAGAUAUUGAUAGUAAUAAUAUUCAUUUAAAAAUAUCAUUAUGCAGAUUGUUAUGUUCUUUACCUGAUAUACUAGACAAGAAUGGAUCUAUUGAAUAUAUACUUCCAUUGCUUUUACUUUUUAUUAGAAUCGAAGAAAGUAAUUUAAAAUCCGAUUUAUUUAUUUGCUUACAUAAAAUAUCAAAUAUUAUAUCAUUUUUUGAUAUGAAACAAAUUAUUAUACCUUUAUAUCAAGAAAUUGCAAAAAGUAAAAAUUGGAGAUUACGAUUUUCUUUAUAUCAUUACUUAAAAUUUUUUGAUAAUUUUUUCUUAUAUCAAAAUAAAGAAAAUAUAUCUUCAAAUUAUUUACAUUUUUGGAACUAUAUAUACACAGGUGCAAAGGAUGUGUCAUAUUCAAUUAGAAUGGAGGUACUUGAAACAUUAAACUUCUUAAUUAAAAAUAAUACAUUUACAUUUUUUGAAAGUGGUAUAACAUAUCUUUUAAAUAAUUUAAAAGAGUCAAAAAAUUAUAUUUUUAGAGUUACUUGCCUACAAUAUAUAGCCAAUUUAAUUAUAUAUUUUCCUUUGCAAUAUAUAGAAGAAAAUAUUCUCAAAAUAAUUGAAUUUUUAAGUAACGAUAAAAUAAGCAAUAUUCGAUAUAAUAUUGUUAAGACAAUAUAUUACAUUAAGAAAUAUAUUAAUCAUGUUUUAAUGGUAAUAAAAAAUGACACAUAUGGUCAAAUUAUUAGCACCGUUAGAGAGCUCAUCGAUCGAAGAAACCGAGAAAAUAAACAUAAUUCUGAUGCAGAUGGUAAAAGGGAAAGCAAUAGCCUCAUUAAUGGUAUUAGCAAUUUAAAUAAUAAUGAAUAUUUUCAAAAAUUAGAAAGAAAGCACAAUUUGUUCCCAAUUAAAAAAAAUGAUGAAGACAAUUCAUAUCUUAUCAAUUCAACAUCAGCUUCAUCAUACUAUUAUUAUGAUAAUAUGAAAAAUACUGAUGUAAAUAAAAAACGAUGCGAAAAUAUCUUAAAAUUUCUGUCCGACAAGCUCAUUUUAUUUAUAUCAGAUACUGAUCAAGAUGUAUCCAAAGCUUCUAAUUUGCUCAUAAAAGAUGAAUUCUUUUUUUACAUAAGUUCUGUAAAUACAUUUAACAGUAUAUGUAGGCCAAUCAAAUAA